GCAGCGACAAGCAACACCAUCAUGUCUUCGCAGGACGCCGCAGUCAGGCACCAGGCGGUUGUGCCGGACAAGAUUCCCACUGGAGAGUAUCCCCUCAUCGACAAUGACCCACACUUCACCCGAGUGAUGCGGUACACCCGCCCCUCUGACUGGGCCCAGGGUGCCGCCCUUGGAGCCUUGAGCCCUGGACUGAUGCUCUACUGGGAGAAGGUUUCGCCCUCCAUGGUUGGCAAGGGCGGCUUCGCACCCAUUAUGCGACUCAGCGGCGCUAUUGGACUUUCUGGGUGCUUCAUAUUCGCCUACUCUCGAUCAUGCAUGCGAUUCUACGGCGCCCGCGAGAACCGUCGCGAGGUCGAGAUGGACAUGCGCGAAAUGGUCGACAAGGUCAAGAAGGGGGAGUCCCUGUACGGAACCACUGAGAUGACCGAGUACAUGCAGGGAGUUGCGCACAGAAACUCACGCUAUGCUGCUACAUUCUCACAUGUCCUCGCAUGGCCAAACUUCGUAAACCAUCCGUACCAUGGAGUCGACACUGCCAAGUACUACCGACAGGCUGAAUUGGAGCUCGAGCAGGAGAGAGUUGCUAGGGAGGGUCGGUAGAGACAGGAAGAUGGGAGAAUUGACUUGUGUGGCUGUAUAUAACUUCAAGAAGCCAAGUCGGGAAGAUUUAUCUUGCAGUCUUAU